AUGUUGGAUGUGGUCGCAUUGGUGAAGAUGAAGUACGGAGGACUCGCAGUUUACACAUACUUUCCCUACACCAAGACUCAAUGUGCCGACUCUGGUGCACCGGUCAUGAUGGAUACUUGGGGUGAAUCCAACCACCGGUUCACCAGGGACCGCAACCUUUACGAUAGGAAGAACAAAGUGUACAACCUUUACGGUUGUCCUUUGAAAUGCGCAGGUGUCCACCGGCCCCCUGAUUCUAUAAUUGAAGAGACUGGAAAUAAAACCUACAACUUGAGUGGGAUCGGGGGACUUUUAUUUGAGACUGUGGCUGAGAAAAUGAACUUCACCCCGAUUAUAACUAGAGUCGUCGACGUUACGUCUAACUACGAUGCUAUUUACUCCAAUGACUCGUCAUCCAUAGCAAUCGAUGUGGCGACCAAAAAAGCAGAUAUUGGGUUUGGGAUAUUCACCCGUCUGCUUGACUAUCAUCCUCAAGUAGCGCUGGUCAAAGAGACGGACAUGGAUUGUUUCACGUGGGCUGUUCCUGCCGAGGCUGGUGUGGGUCCCUCCAUGUGGUCUACUUACAUCGGUGAGUUCUCAAUCAUUACAUGGGUACUCAUUAUGUUCACCCUCGUUUUGGUUGUGGUGAUAUUUUACUUACUUUCACGUCUAUCGAAAAAUGAAGAUCCGGAUUUUACAAAAUGGGACGUUUUAUUUUUCUACGUCUACUUCACAUUUUUAGGAGCCUCGGUAGAAGAAAAACCCCGCUCGAACAUCAUCCGAUCAUUUCUCGCACCUUGGUUGUUUUACUGUCUGGUAUUGAUCGCAGCCUACAAUGCUCAACUGGGUAGUUUCGCAACAGUGCCGACAAGAAGUGGCAACAUCGAAGAUACAGCAGACUUACUCAAGACAGAAUUCAGCAUCACCGGAGCACCACAAAUGUUCUAUAUUUUAAACGCUUCAGUCAAAAGUAGCUAUGCUAUCAAAAUGUUGUUGAAACGUUUUGAAGUCUUACCGCCCGGAAACUUUCUUCCUGUGGUGGAAAAAGUGGUUUUAAAUAGAAACACAGCUGUGUUUUCGACAAAAAGUUUGCUUUCGUACAUCAAUGGGAGACUCAAAUCGCUUCACUUACCAACUUGUUACUUGCAGCAACAGUGUGUCAUCAAGGCACCGUCGUCUCCAGUAAUCGUCAGAAAAGUUUCCCCAUUGAGAGAACCGCUGUCCGCCAUUGUUCAUCGUCUGUUUGAAGCCGGAAUUCUCAGUCGGUGGGAAACUCAAGCAAAGCAUCAGAGGAAUAUUGAAACAUUCCACUACGAACCAAAACUAUAUAUGGAGCAGAUGCAGGGCGCGUUCCUUCUCCUCAUUUCCGGACUGUUACUGUCAGUGCUGGUUUUUGUUGUAGAACUUGUGGUUCAUCGAUGGAUUUGCCCUCCUCCUGAUAUUCUUAGUCAGCUAAUAGCACAAGGUUAUACUAUUCCCUUUACAAAUUAG